GCGCUCCCGCGUUGAGAUCCCCUCCAUCCAUUGUUGCCUUUCUACAACAGAACGCACUUGUCUUCUUGCACGACGUUCACGAUACCCUUCAGCACUACCUUCUCACAUAAUCAUAUCCCAAAUCCAAGAUGCUUGAGGCACGCUUAGAACAGGCAAACACCUUGAAGAAGGUUGUCGAUGCUAUCAAGGACCUUGUUCAAGACUGCAACUUCGACUGCAAUGACAUGGGCAUUGCACUCCAAGCCAUGGACAACUCGCACGUCGCCCUCGUGUCCAUGAUGCUCAAGUCGGACGCCUUUUCGCCCUUCCGCUGCGACCGUAACAUUGCCCUUGGUAUCAACCUGGGCUCGCUCACAAAGGUGCUCCGCGCUGCUGGAAACGAAGACAUCCUCACCAUCAAGGCUGAGGAUGCUCCCGACGUUGUCAACCUUGUCUUUGAGACAAAGACCAGCUCGCGAAUUAGCGAGUACGAUAUCAAGCUCAUGGACAUUGACCAGGAGCACCUUGGUAUCCCCGACACAGAUUAUGCUGCGACCAUAUCAAUGCCCUCAGCCGAGUUCCAGCGCAUUUGCAGAGAUUUGGGUGCAUUGUCAGAGUCAGUCUCAAUUGAGUGCUCAAAAGACGGUGUCAAGUUUGCCUGCUCUGGUGACAUUGGCUCGGGCUCUGUCAUCCUCAAGCAAAAUCCCAGCUUAGACAAGCCAGGCGAGUCUGUCACGAUUGACAUGACCGAGCCUGUCGCCCUUACUUUCUCGCUCAAGUACUUAACCAACUUCUGCAAGGCUAGUGGCCUGUCGGAUCAGGUCAAGCUCUGCCUGUCCAGCGAAGUCCCUCUGCUUGUCGAGUAUGGACUACAAGAGCAAAGCUACCUCAGGUUUUACCUUGCACCCAAGAUUGGUGACGAGGACUAAACGAACAACGAUUUUAUUGACACACGAGCGGCAUGUUUUCAGAAUAGAUGUAGGGAAUGAGUGGCGCAAUGGCUUUGAUGUGCGUCGAGCGUCUAGUAGCUUCAUGAUUAUGGCAUGCGACACCGGCGUGAAUGGGCAUCUGCAAGCGGUGUUCUGCGCUUUGGAAACUAAGGGAAGGUUACCGCCCCACCAU